AUGGCUGUGUGGCUGUCCUGGAGAGUAAUGCCUAGGAAUGCCAGCUGGCUGUCGCCAUGCUAUCUUUCUAAGACCCAGGUUUGUAUCAGGGGUGUGGGAAGUACUUCCUCCAGCCCAGAGCCCCUCUCUGCCUUACAGGACAAGCUUCGGACAGUGGAAGACCUUCCACAGGUCAGCUUCUCGGAGCUGCUCUACAGAGUCACAUUUCAGGGUUUCUACAACCGUCUGCAUGAACUACAGAUCUAUGAAAAGAAGCUAUACGGACCCAUAUACAAGAGCGGACUUCAGUCGGUGGCCUUGAACACUCCUCAGUUACUGGAGGAACUCCUGAGAAGGGAUGAGAAGUUUCCUUCCAGAGGAGACAUGUCCCUAUGGACGGAGUACCGCGAUAUGAAAGGACUUGGCUAUGGACCUUUCACAGAAGAGGGGGAGAAGUGGUACAACCUGAGGGUGGUGCUGAACAAGCGUAUGCUGCAUCCAAAGGACUCUGCCCAUUAUGCUGCCGUUAUCAAUGAGGUGGUUACAGACUUCACCAAAAAGAUUCAGUGUAUACGCCAGCGCAGUGCAACGGGAGAUCUUGUGACCAACAUUGCCAAUGAGUUUUAUCUCUUUUCACUGGAGGGUAUCGCCUCCAUAUUGUUUGAGACAAGGCUUGGGAGUCUGGAAGAGGAAAUCCCUGCCGGUACGCAGGAAUUCAUCAAUGCUAUCGCGCAGAUGUUCUCCAACAGUAUGGCUGUGGUGAUCAUUCCCAAGUGGGCACGCAACCUACUGCCCUACUGGGACCGCUACAUCGCUGGCUGGGAGGGCAUCUUCAGCUUUGCUAAAAUGGUGAUUGACAAGAAGAUGGAGGUCAUUCAAAGCCGUGUUGAAAGCAACCAGGAUAUUGGAGGGGGAUAUCUAACAUAUCUCCUCUCAAAUACUCAGAUGAGCUCUAAAGAUGUGUAUGGCAGCAUCGCUGAGCUUCUCUUAGCUGGAGUGGACACGACCUCCAACACCCUCACAUGGGCUUUACACGAGCUGUCCAAACACCCUCAAGUCCAGGACAAGCUCUACGAAGAACUGUCCACACUAGUAGCCCCUGAGCAGAUCCCCACUGCAGCAGAGGUCACGUCUCUGCCAUAUUUACGGGCUGUUAUCAAGGAAACACUCAGGAUGUACCCUGUGGUUCCUUUGAAUGCAAGGUUCAUAACAGAAAAGUCCGUCUCCGUUGGUGGAUACCAAUUUCCAAAGAAAAGUGCUUUCACAUUUUCACACUAUGCCAUCAGUCAUGAUGAGGACACUUUCCCAGAUUCGUUUUCAUUCAGACCUGAGAGAUGGCUCCGUGAUGGCCGCGAGAGGCCAAACCCGUUUGGCUCCAUCCCCUUUGGCUACGGAGUGAGAGGUUGUGUCGGUCGACGGAUUGCUGAGCUUGAGAUGUACUUGCUUCUGUUUCAGCUUAUCAGACGAUUUGAAAUCAAACCAGAUCCUGCAGUCGGAGAGGUGAAAAGCAUCAACCGCACUGUUCUUAUUCCAGACAAGGAAGUCAACCUGCACUUUGUGGACAGAGAAUGUGGAAGUGCUUGUAGUGUCUGAACUUGUGCUAUACAAAUGAACAAUUAAGAGGGAAUUCUUUCCUUUAAGGAAUUAGGGAAUUUGGGUUAUCCUGACAUUUGUUCAUAAAGUAAAGAUAUAGCUUUAGCUAUAGCUGGUAGACCUGCCGGGGUGUUUUAUGAUUAACUGCUGCUAUAGGCAGGGUUUCAGCCUCAUCCUCUAUAAAAGCAUGUCAUUGCCUUUUGUUUGUUGAUUUUUUUCACAAUUGGUUCAGAAAGAUCCUAGAUUCUGUUUUAUGCCUUCUUUUUAUUGUAAUAAAUAUUUUUAUGCAUUGUUAGAGCAGUGCUUUUUUUUAACCCUUUUUUUCGUACUCAUCGACAGAGAAAGAACAAACAAGUUAACCACAGCUUAAUUUACUUUUACAGAUCAGGUUGACUGAAAAUGUCAAGUGUAUAUGCGAAUAUGCUGUUGUUUUGUAUUGAUCCAAGUAAAUGUCACAGUAGAAGCACUUCUGAAAUACAUGCAAAUGUAACUAUAAAAUUCAUGCUUAUGCUUAAAAAAAUGCUCUAUAUGUUACCAAAUGAACACGGUUUGUUUAUAUUCAGUGGUCUUAUGCAGCAAAAGCCCUUCUUGAAUGCUUUAAAUAUAUCUAUCUUACUGUUUCUGAAAUUGUCAAAGGUCAUUGUAGGCACCAUAUUAUAUUUUAUUGAUUGUGUCUUUUAUUUUGAAACAUUUAAGUGGUUUCCAUAAUGGAUCUUUUAUUUUGAAGUCAAACCCGGAAAUUAUAAUGACAAUAGAAUAAAAUAAAAUAAAAUGAAUUAAAGCUGCAAGCAGCGAUGAACGGGCCCUCGCACCCUUGUGCACGUUCAGGCGUGCUGCAGUGGAAGCGCUUGUAUGACUUGCAUGUAGAUGUAUUCAGGCCUGGACAUUUAGCGGAUGACACCACCCACGACUCUCUAUGUCAAACCAUUCAAAAGUUAUAGCAGAAAAUAGGGACUAUCAAAUAUUGACCAAUCAGAAGAAGGGGCAGGGCUUCUUCAUGCCAAUGAAGAUCAAGUACUCAAAACCGAGUCCGAUGACACCACCCACGACUCUCUAUGUCAAACCAUUCAAAAGUCAUGGCAGAAAAUAGGGACUAUUAAAUAUUGACCAAUCAGGAGAAGGGGCGGAGCUAAUUUGCACCAAGUAUGUUCAAGGACUCAAAACCGAGUCUGAUGACACCACCCACAACUCUUUAUGUCUUUAUGUUGAAUGGUUAUUCAAAUGUUAUGGCAGAAAGUAGGAACUAUCAAAUAUGGAUGAUAUGCCAGAUGCUGAAAUCAAAUAAUAUAAUUCGUAUUAGACUUACCGUAGUGUUUAAUCACUGCUUUAAUGUUCUCCCAGGAGAGGCAAAAUGGCAGUAAAGGACCGCAAAACUUUCCUUGUGCAAAACGCCUUCAUUGGAACUGUUACAAACUCCUCAGUCUGGAGAAGUACAAGUCUACUUCUUCAGCUAUUUUUGCCCUUUUUAAUAUGCAGUCUCUGCCCAACUAUUUUUGUUGCCCCCUAUGAUCUGGAUUUGCUGGGCCUUACUGAAACUUGGCUUCAAACUGGGAUUGUUACAAUUUAAUGGAGCGUAGUGAGACUAACAAUAACUUCCAGACCUGGGGUAAAUGGGCUGUAGUGUUGUUAUUACAGUGGUUUUCUUCCGCAGCUGAUGCUUUAAACAAUUUUGAAACAAUUUAAAUUCAGUAAAAAAAUUCCUUCUCGUUUGUGAACCGUAUUCGGUGUGAUCUGAAUCAUAACCUUAAUUCCUACAUGAGUUUGACAAAUUUAAACUAUAUAUUUUAAUCUGUUGUUCUUAAAUAUAAGAAGUUAAUUAUGGCUGGCGAAUUUAGCUAGACCCUUGGAACUCUUUCUAUACGUUGAUUUUAUGUGUAUAGUGUCACAGCCCAGCACAUGACAUCACACUUGCUCCUAUAAACACUUGAUCACAUAAUACGUUUUAGAUUAUUCUGCAGACAAUUACUCUGUAGAAACAAAUGUUACAGUCUUUCAUCUCUGCUGAACAAUCAGAGGCACAUUUUCAGGUUUCGUCUGUGAUAUAGUCAUGAUGGUUGCAUUAUUUUACAUUAAUAAUGACCCUGUUACCUGAUUUAAUGAUGCAUCCGUUACUGUUUCCUCAGUUACGUGCAGGCUAGUUUGUGUUGUUAACCUCUGUGUUAGUAAAUGUCACAAAGUUGUCAAGCUUUUUUUUCCUUCCCCCUAAUCUCCAGUAUACAAGGACCCUAGAAAUGCUGUCAGUAUUUUUAAGAUCUUAUCCAUCUGCACUGCUAAGUUCCAGCCAUUCAGUUUUGUCACAUUUGACUGAUUGUGAGCAGAGAAUAUAUAGCCCAACAUCUCCGAACUCAUCUUUGUACUUCUGUCAGCAGCCACAUCAAUAAACACCAGUGAAAACAUAAAUCUGUAAACAUUUGUAAGAUUGGGGAAUAUGC